GUUUUCUUUAUAUUUCCAAUAUCUUUGGUUUUUGUAUCAAAUCAAAGCCUUUUGAAAAUUAUGUGUUGUGCGUUCUCUAUGGUGUUUAUGUUUACCUAGUUUCCAGUGUUUCAACUGAAAUAUAUAAUUGGUCAUUAACGUUUGACUAAUUUUUAAGAUACUAAUUGGGGUUUUGAACUAUAUGCUUAUGCAGAAUGUAGUGUAAAAUUAUAGGUUAGUAAAAGAAGAGGAAAUUUGCAAGUAUAUUUUUCCAUUCAAGUGGUCCCAGCAUCAUCAACAAAACAGCAGUUCUAAACAUCAGACAGUAUUUGCAAGCAAAACUAGUGGUAAAAAGGUUGUGUCAACAUGACUGAAAAUAUAGAUGCUAAAACUAUCCAGAAUACAUUAGAAAGUGAGAAUAAUAAAUCUGAUGCAGCUAAUAUAAAUGAAGAGGUUAUUGUUGUCAAAGAAAAAAGUUGUGUGAACAUGACUGAAAAUAUUGAUAAUGUAGCUAUCCAGGCUACAGAAGGGAGUGAGAACAAUAAAACUGAUGCAACAAAUAUAAAUGAAGAGUUUAGUGUUGUCAAAGAAAAUGAGUGUGUGGAAACAGAGUAUCCACUCAAAAAAAAUCAAAAGAAUGAAGACAGUUGUGAAAAAAUAGAGGCUGUAAAUUUAGAAAAAACAAAUGAUGUGGAAAAUAGUAACAAUGUUCAAGCUGCAGAUACAGUUAUUGAAAAUUUUAGUUUUGCGAUUGGUAUUGAAAAUGUAGAAAAUGAUACUGUUAAAGAUAAUAGCAAAAUUAAUUCCAAAUAUGUCGAAAGUAGACUUACUAAAGAGAAUUCACGUGAAAAUACUAUUGAUAAAGCAGAAGAACAUGGUAGUUCAACUGAGGAAAUGGUAGAUCUUCCAGAUACAUUUUUUGAUGAUUUAAUGGAUGUGGAAUUCUUAGGUUCCUUUGAUGUUGUCGAUUCUUGGAAGCAAGAUGAAGAUGUUUCAGAUGAAAAAUCUGAUGGGGAACAUAGUGACCUCAUUGCUGGAACAAAAGACGAAAUAGUAUCUUCUAAAGCUGAUGACAAAGGCAAAAAGAUAAAUGAUAAUUUUGAUAAAGUGAAAGAUAAAACUUCAAGACAAGACAGGAGACCAAAUUACUAUUCUCGGUUUAAAGAUUGGCAUGACAAAAACAACUCCCCGGAUGGGAAGAGUCAACAAAGUUCAUCAAAAUCAAAAAAUGAGAGAAGCAGAUCACAUUCUAGAAAUGAAAAAUCUCGAACAGACAGAAGAAGUACAUCACAAUCUAUGACAGACAGGAGCAAAUCUAUAACAAGGAAAGAAACCAGUAAAUAUAAAUCCAAAAGGAGAAGUGUAUCUAAACACAUAAAAGGAAGAAGUGCUUCUAGAUCAAGGAAAGAAAGAAGUACUUCUAGAUCAAAGAAGGAGAGAAGUACCUCCAAGUCAAGGAAAGAAAGAAGUACCUCUAGGUCAAGGAAAGAGAGAAGUACCUCUAGGUCAAGGAAAGAGAGAAGUACCUCCAGGUCAAGGAAAGAGAGAAGUACCUCCAGGUCAAGGAAAGAGAGAAGUACCUCCAGGUCAAGGAAAGAGAGAAGUACCUCCAAGUCAAGGAAAGAGAGAAGUACCUCUAGGUCAAGGAAAGAGAGAAGUACCUCCAGGUCAAGGAAAGAGAGAAGUACCUCCAGGUCAAGGAAAGAGAUAAGUUACUCCAGGUCAAGGAAAGAAAGAAGUACCUCUAGGUCAAGGAAAGAGAGAAGUACCUCCAGGUCAAGGAAAGAGAGAAGUACCUCCAGGUCAAGGAAAGAGAGAAGUACCUCCAGGUCAAGGAAAGAGAGAAGUACCUCCAGGUCAAGGAAAGAGAGAAGUACCUCCAGGUCAAGGAAAGAGAGAAGUACCUCCAGGUCAAGGAAAGAGAGAAGUACCUCCAGGUCAAGGAAAGAGAGAAGUACCUCCAGGUCAAGGGAAGAGAGAAGUACCUCCAGGUCAAGGAAAGAGAGAAGUUCCUUGAGGUCAAGAAAAGAGAGAAGUACCUCCAGGUCAAGGAAAGAAACGAGUGAUUUCCCAUUGAGGAAAGAAAGUUUACCAAAGGCAAGAGAAGAUACCAGUCACUUUAGAAUGACUUUUACUGAAAUUGGGGAAGGCAAAGAAUUACAAAAUAUACAAGUCAGUAAAGAUUAUUCAGAUAAAGACACAGUGGAAUAUCAAAAUUACACAAAUACUGGCACUGGUUGUGAACCACCAUUAAAAUAUAUGUUCAAUAAAUCAUUGCUAAACAUCAAUAAACAGCCAGCCCCUCCAGGCCUAGAAGAUAUUUUUCCACCAGGUGAAGAGCCAAUGUUAAUAAAACCUAGAAUGGAUACCUGUAAAUUUAAUGAGCAGAAUACAGAGAAAAUUUUUUUUUAUGAAAACAACUUAUCAAACAAAUAUUUGCCUGUGGAAAAACCAAGAUUAAAUCAUGAAAAGAAAAAUGAAACUGAUGAUUCAAUAAAAAGAAGGGAACAAAAUGAAAAUUUCAAAGGCAGAUCAGACAUGGAAACUAAACAGAAAAGAACUGAUAUCAUUCGGGAAGACAUGCUUAGAAAUAGAGAAAGUUCAAGAGAAGAAUUGAAAUCACCAUUCAAAAGAGAUAAUUCUUACUCAGAUUUUUUUCCUAUUGAUACUGAUCCAAGGCAUUCAAGAAGUAUUCACCAAAGCACAAGUGCUGAAAGAAAUCUUAGGGAUAGGUACAGAACUAGAGAAAGACCUGAUGGUUCUUACCACAAAUCUGAUAGAGAUAUUGAACAUUUGAAUUGGUUGCGCAAUAUGGCCAAACAGGAGCAGUUGAGACCUUUGGAUUCAGCUUCAGAUGAACGAAUGUGGGACAGUAGAAAAAGAGAUUACUAUCCACAUAGAGAAAGGCAGAGAUCACUGUCUCGUAAAGUUUCUUUGUCUCCAAUUUCUCUGUCCCCAGUUCGGUCAAGAUACUCACGUUCCCCAUCAUAUUCUCAUUCCCAUUCUCGGCGCAAGACUAGAGAUGGCAGACGCCAUAGAAGUCGUUCUCGGAGUAAAGAUUCUUUAGGGUCCCUGUCACUUUCUUCCUUAUCUUCUAACGGUAGUGCGCAUGGAAGGAAAUAUUUUCGCUCUCGGCGUUCACGUAGAAUACGUAGCAAGCGUAAACCAUUUUUUGAAGAGAUUGCACAAAAAUUGGGCAUCCAGACAGACUCAUCAGAACAGCCAUCGUACCCACCGCACCAUGUAAUGGCUGCCCGGCACCAGCGGGGGAUGAUGAUGAUUUAUGGCGAGGGCCCGGCGUUGCUGCCCAACCCCGGGUCGGUGUCCCUGCCCGGCGCGCCCCCGAACCUCCUCGUACCGCCGCCGAACCUCUACGUGCCGCCUCCUGCCCACCACACGCCGCAGCUGGGGCACCCCCCGCCCCUGUACGGGCCCCCGGACAUCCACACGGCUCCCCCUCCAGUCCCGUACCAGCAGCUGGUGGCAGUGCCUCCCCCGGGCAUGGAGGCAGCGCCCCAGUACGCAGUGGCCCCGGCUCACGAGCUCCCACCGCAGCCUGUCGCCGCCGCGCCUGCGGAACCAGUGUUCAGCGUGGAGUCACAUUCCACGGAGCCAUCAAAUAGUCUAUCUGGUUAUCUUGAAGCCACUAUGAAAGGUGAUAAGAAUUCAAAUCAUCUGCUUCAUGAGAAGUCUGUUCCAAAAGCUGGUGAAGAAAAUAAACGUCCAACUAUUAUUAGACCGGAAGUGGUGGCUCGUUGCGAAGAUGCGGUGGCCGCCGUCCGUGCGGAGAACGCUCUGUCCAUGGUGCCGCUGGGACGAGUGAUCAUCCAGCAGAAGUCUCCAGGGUCGUUCCAGCAGCACAGCACCGACCAGGUCAGCUGCUUCCGGUCGCCCCUCUUCGACCUGUCGAAUCCGAGCUUCUUGUUCACCACGCCGCCGCUGCACGACUUCGUGUCGACCGGCCUCAAGAUGGCUGCCAGGAAGUUGAGGCGCUCCCAGCAGUCCCGGAAGCCGCCGCUGAGGAACGCCGGCGCCACCGCCGGGCCCAGGCCGGCGGAGAAGGACGGCCCGAGGCGGUCCGUGUCGAUCGCCGUCAACACGGAAAUAAGUUGUGGCACUAGUGAGUGGUGUUGUAAGUGUCGAGCAUACAAUGUGGGUACCGCCGCUUCUGGUCCAUCUGCCAGACACGGCGUGGUUGCAGGCGAGAGCCAGCCGUCUGCCGUUAAGAGAAAGCACCCGGAUCCUCGUGCUGGGACCAGAGGGCCUAGCACUUCCAAGACCGACAACGGUGACGAUUCAGACGUGGAGAUAGUUAGCGUUGAUGCUCAAGCAUCCAGAGUCUCGCUCCAGCCACCUAAGGUUCCCCACUUGGUCCCGCCACCCAAGGGUAUACUGAAGGGCAGUAAAGUGUCUCCGGAAAAUCAUGAUUCGCCUGGGCCUCCUACGUCUAGUCUGAAGUCGGGUAAACAUCCCUCGCAUCUUAUUGCCCCCAGAGGUCCUCUUCACAGAUUUUCAAGCUUUUCCCAGUUGGCUUUGAAUCCGGAAAAUCUUCACAACUUGACCCCGCGUAGAUACUUUGAAAGCAUCGAAAAGACUAACACAUAGAAACAAAAUAAUUUUGAUAAGAGCUGGGUGGAGAACUAUUUAAGUUAAAGGGGAUUCUUGAAAAUUAAAGCAUCUUUCACUUUCCUUAGUUUUUAUAAAUGGGUAAAAUUUGAUCCCUCACUCUAAAAAAACACCCUAGCAUCCUUUUUGAAGCACUUUGUAGGUAUGUUGUAAACUUUACUUUUUAAAAAACAUGUUUGAACAUACCUAAGGUUUUGUAGUCUAGAAGCAUUGGAUUGCUGCAAUAUCCUUAAACAUUGAAGUUAUUCUCUGCACUUGGAGAUUUAAGUAUAUCUUCUUAAAUCAAACACAUUGUAUGCAAGUCACAUUUGUUUAGAAGACAAGCUAUGAUAUUGUAAAUGUGUAUAUUUUAUUGGAAUGAUUUUGAUUGUCUUAUGUCAGUUAGUGUUCAUGUUUUCUUUUUUUUUUGGUAAGUUGUCAACCUGUAAUAUUUGUGUUUGUUAUGUAAUGUUCAGUAUACAUUCAUUUGUUAGUUCUAUGUACUGUGCCUUUUUUUUUCAUUAUUCAUUGUUUGAGAAACUAUCAUCAAAAAUGGUUCAUAUAUGUAUGCUAAUUCAUGAAAUGUUCAUGUUUGUAGUGAAUGUAAUAUGAAAGUUUUUUUUGUGUUUGUAACAGAGAAAGUGUAAUUUUGGAUGUUUACUGCAAGUUAGAACAAUAAACUAUGAUGAAUAAAAUAAAAA